UGAGCAGAGAUCUGUUUACAAACCCAAGGCAGAGCAGAGAGGGAAGAGGGAAGGGAGGAAGGGAACAGCGAACUGCAGGCUCUUUCACCAUUACAGGCUGAAAGAGAAAGAGGGGAAGCCUGCCAUGACAAAGCCAGCUGGAGGUGGGAGAGACUGAACACGCCACACGCAGACACACUUGUGCACACACACCGCCUUUGUCUCUGUUUUUUUUUUUUUUUCUCAACUGAAGGAGCAGAUGGUUAGAGGGAGAGUGGGACCCCCCACCACCACCCACCCACCCAAACACACACAUAUAUACACACAUGCACUGAGUGACACACACUCACCAGCAAAACAACAAACCCAGCUACAGGACUGCUGUUGACUGCAUGGAGCUGUCUUCACUUUGUUUGGGCUUUGAAGGAAGUGCAUCUCAGCCUGUAACAGUGAGGAGGACUACCCACUGCAAGAUCAGAGGACUGGAGGAGGAGACAACAGACGACAGGAGAGGGGGGAAGAGACUUAUGAAAAUCCUCUGUUAAAAAAGCAGCUUUGGGAGGAAGACAAAGCGCAGACUAAUGCCAGAUAAUUACCUUCGCUGGACAAGGAUUGUCAUUUUGAAACGGCGGAUGUCACUGCGAUUGGUGAGGGCAAGAUAUUGCAGACACAAAGUGAAGUCAAAGAGGGCCUCUUCUUCUUCUUCUAGCUGGAAAUGAGCACAUGAGGUCUCCAGUUCUGAUCCAAAUACCAGUCCCAAACCUCCCAAUUUUUACACGGAGUGUUUAAUCCAGAUUUUGGGAAAUUUCGGGCAUCACAGACUGCUAAACCAACGUAACCACACCUGAGGAUUUGUGGAAUCUGAGCGAAUAUUGAUGAUUUUUUUGAUUGGUUUGGAGGAACCCAACAAAAGAGCAUUCCAGGUCGGGGUGAAUCCAGGCUCCAAACAGAUCCAGUGUCUGGAGCUCCAGCCCAGGAGCUUGGCUCUCAUCCAGGCUACUUCUGACGGGGCCUGAAUUUACUGUUGCUGCUCUGGGAGUCAAAUUUCAUGCAACCAUUCCAAUGGUGUAACGGAUGCCUGUGUGGUUUGGAUUCUCAGCGCUCUGAACACUACUGCAGCAUGACGUCUGACAUCUAUCACCUCCCGCUCAAUGUGUAUGUCAUUGUGCUGGGCAUCGGCCUCUUCGUCUUCAUGCUCAGCCUCAUCUUCUGCUGCUACCUUUUCAGGCUGAAACAACAAGGAACAAGGGAGCAGUUCAGUUACAAUGAGGUGGUGCUGAAGGGGGCGAGCAAGAAGCUGAGCCUUCUAGGACAAACCUGUGCGGUGUGUCUGGAAGAGUUCAGGACCAGAGAUGAACUGGGGGUUUGCCCAUGCUCGCAUGCAUUUCACAAGAAGUGCCUGCUUAAGUGGCUGGAGAUCCGCAGCGUGUGCCCCAUGUGUAACAAACCCAUCCUCCGGCUGCACACAGACGCUCCCCAGGGUGCAGAGGGUCCCAUGGAUCCAGAGGAAGUGUGAGGCGACUGGGGAAGAAGCAAGACUCCCCUCACAACAAAAAUAUACAUAUUAAAAACACACUAGGGAUGACGUACAGCGAUCAUCUUUUAAAGACACCUCACAGGAAAUGUUGAUAAUGAUCCCCGGGCCUUGCCGCUGGCUGUCGAGCGAUAUGCCUCGGUGGGAAUUUGGAUAUCGACAGCACUGGGGGACGAUUUUGGUCAGAUCGGCGAAGAAGAUUGUGGAUCAAAUAGGACCUUUUCAUAAAAAUGCUCCUCGCCCUACUUCCAUAUUGCACUGCUCACCUAAAAACAGGAAAAAAAGGAGCCACUUUAGAGCGCAGGUUAUCAUUGCAACUGUCACUGGACAACUAGUGCAGCACUGCCAGAGACAAAAAAAAAACACAAAACCACCACAGGCAUUCAGCAGGACAUCAGAGA